GUAAAUGUCAAGGGGUCUGAAUACUUUCCGAAUGCACUGUAUGUACAAGGUGAAAUUCAUUGCAUUUAUGGAUGACCGAUGACAAAUUCAACCAAUGGCACAUUGUAGUGGUGUUCAUUUGGGGAUCAUAUUUAGGCAGCCUUUUCCCACCUGUUGUUUGUGGGAUCUUGAUUUUGUAUUGUUGCUUUUAAGCCCUACAAAGCUGCACAUGUGUUUUGUUACUCUUUAUUUGUUUUGCUGCUGGUUCACAUUAAUAAAUAGGAUGAACGCCUUCCACGCUGCACCUUGGUCCAAUCCUUCCAACAACUAACUUUAGUUAGUAGUAUUCAGAUAUGUAAAUACAGAUCAUAAGAAAGCGGAACAGAAUUGAAUUCCCCACAUGGAUGCUAUUAAGAUAUGCUCCAGCAGUUGUCCCAAAGUACAUGCACAAACAUUUCCUUAAUGAUAUGCGCUUGUGCCUGGUGCCCAGUGUGUAUUAACUCUUCCCGGCUGAUAAUUGGGCCUCUUUUUAAGUAAAGAUUGAAUUGAGAGUGUGUCCUUUUGGCCAUGUGCUAAUGAUCAACCACUGGGGAGGGAUUCUGUGUUAAUAAAACAUCAGCAUGCCAGACAGCAGGAAUGCUCCCACUGUUCCAAGUGCGCCCCACUGAAUCCCAAUGCGCCCAUCUACAGGAGGAGGGCGAGUCGCUCCUCUCUGCCACGUCUCACUACACUACAGGGAGACUCCACGCUUAGUGCUAUACCUGAACCAUGUUGACGUUGACGCAUAAUAUUAGUAUGAUUUGAAAUAUCGGACAUAGGGGAUAAUCAAAACAUGAUUUGGUUAUAGGCCAAGGGCAAAGAAACCAAUAUUGUGUGUGUAGGCAUGCUUGCAUGCAUGUACGUGUGUGUUUUAAAUGUGCGUUCAUUAAUUUGUGUGUGUGCUUGUAUUUCUGUCUCUCAGCCAAUGUACCUUUAGUUAGAAGCAUAGCGUUCAUUGUUAGAAUACUUCAAAAUGUCAGACCCUUACGAGACACUGUAUGACCCCCAUCAUCUUCUGUGCCAAAUAGACACCAGCAGCAUCACUGACACAGUGACAACUGUGGUGGGUCCCACAUCCAGCACGCAGCUCAGGGACUCCCUCGCUGACACAACAGUGUUGCUUGUGGCAACUGACCAAACCUCCACUAUACCAGCCACUGUGCCAGUCUCUGCCAGUCCCGACCAGACAGAUAGUCCAUCCUUAAACACAGUGACCUCGCCACCCCUGGAGGUAACACCCCCCACAACCACAGUGAAUGCGCAGCCGAAAGUUACUCAAUCAUCUGAAGCAGCUGACGUCACAUUUGAUGCAACCAUUCCAACAUCAGAUGGAUUUACUCAAACAUUAGACAGCACAAUGACAACUUCUUACACAGUGACUUCUGACACCAGUCCCACAACAUCUGACACCAGUACUACAAUAUUUUACACAGUGACUCCAACAUCUGACAUAUUUACCACAACUUCUGGCACCAUUACUUCAGCAUCUGAUGAAUUCACUUCGACAUCUGGUGUGCCCUUUCUGACAUCGGACACAGUUACUCCAGUAUUUGAUAUAGUAACACCACUAAAAAAUGGAUUUACCUCUGCACCUGAUGCUGAUACCUCAGUAUCUGCUACAUUUAUUCCAGCAUCUAAUGGAGAUACACUCACCUCUGACGUGGCUACUUCAGCAUCUGAUGGACUUAUCUCAACAUCUGUUGGAGCUAUUUCAAUACCAGGAGCAGUUCCUCCACCUCCCUACACCGUUACUUCAGCACCUGAACCUCUUUCCCGGGCACUGGUUGAUGCAGCUGUUCCAUCCCCUGACACAGAUACCUUAACAUCUGAUGAUCCUAUCCAGGCCCCUGAUGUAGUUACUACAGCUCCAGACUCAUCUUCAGCAACCCCAUUUCCUGACACAAUUGAUCAAGCUCCUGACUCAGUUGAUCCAGCUCCUGAUUCAGGUGAUCCAGCUCCAGAUUCAGGUGAUCCAGCUCCUGAUACUGGGGAUAGUGAGAAAGGGGAAAAUAAAUAAGAAAAUGUUAAACAGGAAACAGGUACAUUGUGAUAUAUAUUUUUUCUUCCAUUUAUAAGUUUAUACAUAUUCCAUCAGUAAACUAUGGUAACACUGCAAAUAUUGAAGGAACCACAUUUAGAAUGAAGAAAAUGAUACUCUAAUAUGCAGUUGUGCAUGCAGUCUAUAUGCUGCUAAUAUGCAGUCGUGUCAGUAAGGUGUUAUGACCUUCAUACAGGGUGUUGCCUUAAUGGCUUCAUCAAAUAGUUGGGGGGAUAAUACCUAAAGGUUCAUUCGACACUAAUAAAGAAUGAGUAAACAGUUUGAAGUUGCUAUUUAUUCUGAUCUCUCACAAUCUCUCUGGUGUACAUAGUUACCCCCAAAACUGAAGCCAAAUGGGAAAGCAAAGGGAAGGUGAAAAAGAAAGAGACAAAGAAAGGUAUAUUGAUCAACAGUAGUCUAGUAGUGUUUGUACUGUAUGCUAAUUCUGCUAUCAUUAGCCUGUCAGUUUGUAGCGGUGUCGGUAACCAUCCAUUUUGAAUUCCCUGAACCCACUCACGGUGACUCAGCAAUGGGGUUGAAGUUGACGUGUUAGUCGCCUGGUUGCUAUAGGAAAACAUCCCCACUGGGGGGUCAGAGUGCAAAUAGAUAAUUGAUGGACAAAAUAGGAGUAGAAAAGCAUUGAGACAUUUUUUGGGCUGAGCCCAUGUCCCAGUAAGAUACCUGAUCCAUGGUUUCAUGAGGCUAUUGACUCAAAGCACCAGGCUGCUAACAUGCAUUAGGAGUUGUGUGUGUGUGUGUGUGUGUGUGUGUGUGUGUGUGUGUGUGUGUGUGUGUGUGUGUGUGUGUGUGUGUGUGUGUGUGUGUGUGUGUGUGUGUGUGUGUGUGUGUGUGUAUGAAACCUAAUGUAUUUUUGUUGUUGACAUGUUACAGAAUGGGCCACAUAGUAUUGUGUGGGUGAUUCUGUCACCACUUAGACUCCACUCAUCAGCCGUAGAUGAACCAGUAUUGAAAACUAACUUUGGACUGUGAUUACUAUCACUUCAGGGUGGUGUUCAUUAGGCACUAAAACUGAAGAAAACAGACUGAAGCUAAUUUUUGUUUUCAGUUGUAUAGAAACAUUACCGGUACACUUUUUUUCCAUUGCGUUCCCUAAUAUACACAUCCCUAGUAAGGCCUCUUACUGCUGGUGAGGUGGAUUGUCUGUUUGGGAAUGAGAUGUUGUUCUGGUAGAGCAGUAAAUAGCUAUACUUUGUUAAUUACUGAACGCUGUAAUGCACAAUGCUUUGUGUUAAUGGGUAGAUUUACAUGGUUGAUAACUAUUUAUGGAUUGUAUGCUGUCUUUGUCUGUGAAUCCUGUGAGAUGUCUGACAGUGACUCACUAUUAGCAAGUCGUAACCUCUUGUGUUUGGCAGACAUUUUGAUUUUAGUGGUCAUUAUAUUUCAGCGACUACGUAGUAGAGGCGUGUUCACAUGGGCAUGUUAGUAUUAGCUAUAACUCAGUUAAAUAUAUGCUUUAUUUCUCAAGCGGUUGUCAAACUGUUGAUUCCUGGUGGGUCCAAAUACAGCCAGUCUGAGGUUGCAUACAUCCAGUUUCAAGGUAAGAAAUCAUUUCCCGCAUUAGAUCUGUUUGGACAAGACAACUGUGGAAAAAUGGCCAAAGUUUGCCAAUUAUUUUCCUUCAUUCAUUCAUCUUUUGUUGUUUCCAUGCGUUUCUUUGUUGCAUUUUGGUGUUCUGUUUGUUUCAUAAGGUAAGCAACUAAUUUCCGUUCCAUUUUAGUAAUACUGUCGUUCCUUUUUAUUGUGAACUUAAGGAAAUCUCACAACCUAUAGCGUCUAUGUUUCCACUGAUUGCGUAAUGUGAUUAGUGUGGAUGUCUGUUUAACUGUGGAUUAAUUUGUGAGACAGUGGCCAUUCUUUCAACAAACUGUAGGGUAAUUGGCCCAUUCAUAUUUGAUAAGCUGUUCUUGCCCCCCCCCCCCCCCCGUCCCCCCGUCCCCCCGUCCCACUGCUCUACUCUGUGGCACAGCAGGUCUUCAUAUUGCACCAGCAGCAUCUUCAAAAUAACAUGUCAAUAAUGAAUCCCCUCUAAACAAAGAGAUGUAACAUGAUGCCUGAUUAAACAACUAAACCAUAAUCUAAAUCUCCUUGUAAAUGUAGCAUUAUUUAGCUUCUUGUAGUAUAAUGGAACAAACUGGUAAUGCAUAAUAAGCUCCAUUAUGACGAUCAAUUGAUCAAGACUGUAAUGCAGACAAAAUUGAAACAACUUAUUUGGUGUAUUUGCGCUACCAUUAAUUACGUUACACCUCUGUAAAUCAAUGUACAGUAUUGAGGCCGGAUCGUUAGCUGGUUAAAUAAUGCAGAUUUGGACUUAUUGAGGUCAAUGGAUUUCCCAUGGGGCCACAAAGUCAGGAAGUGGUUUCUGAACCACUGAAGCAUAAUUCAGGCCUAUGGAUCCUGCUAUGUCUUAUCCAUUUGGCUUUUGAAUAAUGAGUGAAACAGUUAAGUUGUGCACUUAGAAAUACAUUUGCUAUCUAGAAUCUUGAAGGGUUCUUCGGCUGUCCCUAUAGGUGAACCCUUUGAAUAACCUUUUUUUAGUUGCAGGUCUAACCCUUUUGGGUUGAAUAUAGAACCCUUUCCACAGUGGGUUCUACAUGGAACCCAAAAGGGUUCUACAUGGAACCAAAAAGGGUUCUCCUAUGGGGACAGCCAAAUAACCCGUUUGGAAACAUUUUUCUAAGAGUGUAGAGUGAAUAACUUUGAGUGCUACCUCUGAGUUUGAAUUGUUUGAAUUGGACCAUUCCUCCUCCUCCUCCUCCUCCACUAACCCUACUCCGCUCUUUCCCCUUGUCAGAC